GUAGCUAGAGACAUGUUUUAUUAGCCUCCGGCCGCUCCUAAUAAAGAGCGUGAAUUUGUAUCUUACAACUCGUUUUCGUUUGUAUGCACCAUAAAUUAACUUACCUUAAUUUGCAUAAGGUUCUAGUGUACCUAAUCUUUAUAUACUACAAGCUACUGAACAAAAGCAGCACCCAAUAAAAAGGACACAAUGGCACCACUGUCAGUAGAUGGAGACACGUUAGGACAAAAGCAUCAAAAUUACAAUAAAAUAGUAAAUGAAGCGAUCAAAAACAAUCCUACACCACAGAUAACGGCAUUAAAUUAUGAAGAGUCGGAUUUGGAUAAUCUAUACAAAAUAGAUAUAGCGUGUAACAGAAGAAAUGUCGAAUAUAUUCUUGAAGUUUUGAAAAGCGAAGACAUGUUAUAUGUAUCCCGAGCUAUCAAGCAAUCCACGUGGUUAAUAACAGACCAGCAAUACGCUUCCAUUAUUAAUCCCGAAUAUUUGUAUAACAGCCUUUCUCCUCAGAUGACCACUAAGGCUUUUAACAAACUUGUUCUGCACAUAAGGUUAAAUUUAGAGGACGAAAAUCGUGUUGAAGCCUUUUUUAACUAUAGCAAAAAAGAAGAUUUGCAAAAAGCAUUCAAGUGGCUACCGGGUUGCUCUAAUCUCUUUAUUGAAGAUAUCAUUCAGAAACAUGCUGAUGAUAUACCAGAGCGAAUAUUUAAGCGUUUAUAUGAAAAAUCUAUUACAUUUGUAAAACUAACUCUGCGAAGUCUUAAAUUACAAUAUUUAAGAAGAGACAAGAUAUCACCUGCAGUGUUUCUCGUAAAAAGAAACGUUGAAAUGUUCUUAGAUAUUAUAGAAGUAUCUGAUGUCGAUUGUUUACCACGUUUCAGUCCAAAAAUAACAAAAAAAGUAAUGGAGAGCAGUCCUGAGAGGAUAAUGAAAAAUCUUGAAAAAUAUGUUUCUGUUCUUGACAUAUCUACUUUUGCAAAAUUUAUAAAAAAUGAAGAAGCUAAGGAUUUUAUUUUAUCUCACAUCCAAAACAAGAAAAUGCGUUUCUGGUUCAUACAUAAAAACCUAAAACACUUUCUGAAUCGACUGCCAUCCGAGGAACGUUUUGAUUUUAUUAAAAAAUAUUUUAUAGAAAAAUUUCAUCAUGAUAAUGUUGAAGCUGAGACAUGGCGUGAUGUAGUAGUGCAAUGUAGUCCACCGUUUAGAGGAAAGGAAUCAUCUUUGAAAAAUAUUUACAGCUGGUACAUUUAUGCACCAUUUGAUAGAGCUUUUGAAGAGUUGAAACAGUUGAUUCGUAAAGAAUCAAGUCCUUCCGAUAGAAUAUUAGUUUUUAGUGUAAUGCUAACUUGUGCUGGUAGUGAUAAGCAAAGUGUUUGUAAGUUAUUAAAGUAUUACCGUGAACAUCACAUUAAUGAACCAUUCAAGUAUAAAAUUCAAUUUGUUAAUAAAUUGCUGACUAAAACGGAUACACACCGGUAUGAUAAUGAAACUUGGGGAUAUUUAAACGAUCUUUUUAAUAGCAUGGAGGUGUACUCUAAAUCGGAUAAAAAUGUGCAAUUGUGUGUGAAAGCCAUAAUUUCACACCAUGUUGUUAAUGGCAAAAAUAUUCCCGAAAUUAUAGAAAAUAAAUAUGAAUUUGAAAAUUUGGAUGGUAAAAUUAAAUUUAACGUGGAAGAAAGAGAGAAAAUAUUUGAUUUCUUAUACAAUUAUCUGAUUUUAAAAAUGAAAAAUGAUUUUAACACUGAUAAGGAAUUCGAUGAAACUGUGGACUAUGUAGUAAAAGUUUUAAAUCUUCUCAAAGAUUGGAAUAAAGAACUCAAAGAUUAUCCAUGCAUACUCCAAAAAAUCAAAGAUCUUAUAAAUGCAAAAAAAAAAAAGUCUUGGAAUCGGGAUCUUUCGGAAAUAUAUAAUGUACAAAAAUCUUGGAGAAAACUAUUAUUGGCAGAAUCUAUCCUUCUGAAUCCUACCGAAGAUAGCUGUAUUAAUGCUCUUAAACAUAGUCCAAAGUUGUUUGAAAUAUAUAGAGAUGAAAUUAAACAAUUAUGGAUAUAUAAAAACAAUCACAUAGAAAGGUUCCUUAAAAAAAUUCGAAUUUAUUGGUAUCAAUCUUUAGCAGAAAGUUUCAAAACAACUUUUUUAGAAAACGUAGAAGAAAGAAGCAUACAAAGUCACGUUGCAUUGAUAAAAGGAAUCUGUACUUUACUGCCACCUAAAGAACUUUUGGAUUUCAUAAAAAAAUACGUCCCUAAGGAAUCUAAAAUUGACUGGAGUCAACCAGAUGAAUUAGAGCUUAAUCUUUGGAAAGGUAUUGGUAAAGGUAUGCAUUUAGCAAGACCCCAUCCUCCUCUUGCUGUGGUUUUGCUAUACGCUAAAGGAGAUUAUUUGCAAUAUGUGCUACCAUCUUUAAAUGCAAUACUCCAUAACAUUAGCGCCAACAAUAUUGCCGAAAAUUUACCAAAGCUUAUUAAUUCACCAGUAGCCUUACAACAACAUAGCAUUCAAGCUGCAUUUUCUAAGCUAAAGCAUGAGAAACUUCAAGGUAUAUUUUCUGAUAUAUGGAAAUCUAGUACGAAUAGUACCAUUCGAACUGUUAUCUUUUGCCAUACUUACAAAAUGCUUUCUACGGAAACCAAUGAAUCUGAUAUAAAAGAAAUAUGGGACUUGCUGAGUAUAUUUAUCGAAAAUUUGACUUUUAAUGAAAAUAAGAAAAUAUAUUUGACAUUGAGCAAAGUUGAAAAAGUGCCACUAUCCGUAAGAACUGAAUUUUGGAUGAAGAGUUAUGAUUUCUUAAAGAAGUUACCGGCAUCUGCAAAUUGCACAAGUCUUAUUAAUGAUUUAUGCUCUCAAAUGAAUGAUAUAAUGGAGACUUUAGAUGUUGGUUUUAUGGCUAAAAUAUGUUUUGAAAAUUUCGACAUCAAGUUUACUACUGUCCAAUACGACUACUCUUAUCAGGUAUCUUUGUAUUUGCUGUCUACAAAGACUGAAGCUGCUCAGAUGGAGCGUUACGAAAAAAUUCUUUUACCAAUACUGGAAAAAGCUAUUGCUGGGUGGGACAAGCAACAUAAAAAUGUUUACCACGCAAGAAAUAAUUUAAGUGAUAUAUUUGCUUCUAUAUCUAGAGAAUUUGAAAAUGUUGUCUUAAAAAAGCAAAUGAUUUUCCCUAUUUCUAUGUAUACUUCAGCCCUGAAUAAACUUCAAAAUAAUCUCCCAACCAUAGAAAGUUAUAUGCUUUUAACAAAUAUAAAGUUGUCGUUAGGAUACAUACAAAUUUUACAUGAUCAAAAAGCAAACACUGGUUCUGCAGAAAGCUUUGACAUUAACCGAGAUGUUGGGAAAGAUUUGCGCUCUAGUGCAGCUCCAAUUUUUGGUAGUUUAUGUUUAAAAUAUUUAAAGGAAGACGUCGCCAACCAUUUUCCAUCCAUUUACGUUAUUUUUGCAGAAACCUUAGAUGCUAUAUUUAAACAGUUUUCUAUUAGUUUCAAUGAUAAAUUGGCAGUUAUCAAAGGCUUUCUUGAAGACAAGGAUUUUAUUCAAGGAUAUUUGGUAGUAAUGAAAUUAAUACCAAGCUAUUCAUACGGAGACGAAGAAAAUGCUUUGAAAAAUGAAUUGCUUGAGGCAUUAAGCUUUCAUCCUUUAGAAGAAGUCUUAAUGCAUUAUUGGCUAUUGCGAAGAGACAAUUAAGUCAAUAUACUUUUAAACAACACAAGUAAGUUAAUAUACUUUUAUACAUUUACCAUCAAGUCAUAGAAUCCAUCGUGACUUAUUCAAUAUGGGAGUAUAUAUAGAAAUUUAUUAAGAAGUUGUUGAAUAUGGAGCGGGGUUUAGCUAAACAACCUAAGCAAACAAUAAAUAAUAAGUCAAAAAGAGUAGAAAAAAACGUAGCCUAAGGAAGCCAAGAUGACAGAUGAUAAGUAAAAAGAAGUAACUGAAAUUUUGUGAUAUUUUUUGCAAUUACUAAUUAUAAAUAUGCUCAAA